CGUGUCCAGAAUUUCUAUGGGCUGUUAUUGAGCAGAAUACAAGCUGCGGAUCGGCAACACCGGCGCCAGUGCGGAGAUGUCAUAUUGAUUGGUGCGAUAAUCUACGAUGGAUGCUCCUCUUCCUGCGCAGUCUGGAUGUAUGUGCAUGCCGGUGAAUUUGUAUGACUUCACCAGCAAAACUCUACUGGUUUCGACCCGGCAUAUUCUCUUUGAGAUGUUUUUAUUUUUUUAUUUUUUACACUUUGAACGGAGUACAGGAGGCUCUCAACUCCGCAUAGAGAUAGCAACAAUAAUCUCUCAUGGUGGGCCGGUAACAUUAACAGUGGGAAAAGAGAUGGACACGAGGCAAAGGUUCCUUUGAAGGUAGCGUUUCACAAGACUGCUUUCCUUCUGCCUCAGUACCUGAUGUGCCUCCUUUGUGGUACCAAAGCGUAGCUAGAAUCAAAAGCCCAG